UGCCAAUACGCACUGUUUUUGAACUGGAUUACAUAUCAUUUCAGGUGGUGACUAUUACUGUCAUUCCACCUUGCGUUUCACCUUUUAUUCAAGCAUCAGAUUCGGGAGUGGCUUUGGUAACCUCUGGGUGCGCCCCGAGCGGCCACACACAGCUGCGCAGAAGCCUGGGUGAACACAUAGGUGGGAUCCGGGACAAUGGGUGUGUAACAACGGAAGCGACAAAGGCUACACAAAAAUCAUCUCUAGUCGCCUUUAGUUUAUUUUAAUAGGAUGUCUAAGCGCAUCAGACCUGGAUACUGCCGCCAGGAAGUAAACAAAACCACUUGGGAAGUCCCAGAUCGGUACCGUGACUUGAAGCAGGUGGGGACCGGAGCGUACGGGACAGUAUGCUCAGCCGUGGACUCCAGAACAGGAGCUAAAGUGGCCAUAAAGAAGUUGUACAGGCCUUUCCAGUCAGAACUAUUUGCCAAACGUGCCUAUAGAGAGCUGAGGCUCCUCAAACACAUGAAACAUGAAAACGUGAUUGGGCUCCUAGACGUGUUCACAGCAGACUUGUCUCUGGACAGAUUCACCGAUUUUUAUCUGGUGAUGCCCUUCAUGGGCACAGACCUGGGCAAAGUGAUGAAGUUACAGAGACUUUCUGAAGAAAAGAUCCAGUAUUUAGUUUAUCAGAUGCUCAAAGGGCUGAAGUAUAUCCAUUCUGCUGGGAUAAUACACAGAGAUCUUAAACCGGGUAAUCUUGCCAUUAACCAAGACUGUGAACUCAAGAUAAUAGACUUUGGGUUGGCGCGGCAGGCAGACAGUGAGAUGACCGGGUACGUGGUGACCCGCUGGUACAGAGCCCCAGAGGUCAUCCUCAACUGGAUGCACUACACGCAGACCGUGGACAUUUGGUCUGUGGGCUGCAUCAUGGCCGAGAUGCUCCAGGGAAAACCUCUGUUUAAAGGCAGUGACCACUUGGACCAGCUGACAGAGAUCAUGAAGAUCAUCGGGACUCCAUCUCAAGAAUUUGUAGCAAAACUUGAAUCAGAAGACGCCAAAACGUACAUCCAAGGUCUUGAUAAAAUAGAAAAGAAAGAUCUAACCAAGGUGUUUCCAGACAGUGAUCCACAAGCUGUGUGUGUCCUGGAGUGCAUGUUACUGCUGGACCCAGAGAACAGGGUGACGGCUGCAGAGGCCCUUUCUCUUCCAUAUUUCUCAGUUUUUCGAGAACCAGACGAAGAGACCGAAGCCCUGCCGUACGACCACUCACUGGACAACGCCGAACUCACUGUAGACCAAUGGAAACGUCAUACCUUUACAGAGAUCUUGACUUUCAAACCUGUUUUGCUGGACUCAAAAGAAACUUCACUUUGAAAAAAAAAAUAAAACACACUACGGAUCAACUGUGGUACUCAACACUAAAAGACUUAAAGGUGCAUUGUGUAACUUUACUUUUCCAUGGAGGUGUUAUUGUUUCACAGUAUGGUAUUAAACCUUUCUAUCUCCAUGGAGACCAAAGCGAACCAAGUUACAGGUCAGAUCUGUGGAGAGGCGGCCCCUCUCACAGUCAGAAUACCUGUUUUUUGAGGUAUUUUUCUGCUAUAAAACCACCUGUAAUUGAAUAAAUGUGAAGUAGAGCUUUUUAAUGUCACACUGUGGAACAUUCCAGGCAAUGACGUAUCCAUAGAAACAAGCAGAAAAGUUACACGGUGCACCUUUAAUCCAACUUAUUAUCAAAACAAAUGCAAGAAAGUAGAGGGAGGUACAGUAUCUCUUACAUGUAGCCGUUCUGAGAGAUUUGGGGACUGAUCAAGCAAAAUAACACUGUGUAAUUCUACAAAUACUAUAAGGGGCAUUAGCAGUGGUAUAAUUAUUUUUGUACUUAUUUGGAUGUCAGUGGAGCUCAACAGUGACCAUCUUUCCAGCUCCAGAAGUAAAUUUUCCAUUAAUUUUUCCCCAUAGACUUUUUUUUUUUUUAAACUCUAAUCAGACUAAUCAUGUUAAUAAAGUUUAAUCAGUUAUAUGAUUAAACACAAGAUUUGACAAAAUGUUUAUAAAGUUGCAGAAACAGAUUUUAAAAGUGCACAGUGUAACGUUUCUGGUGUAAUUGUUUUUCCCUGAAUAUUCUACAGUAUGGCAAUAAACUUGGUUAUCAUGAUAGAGACAACCUCCUGAGCAGAUCUAUGGAGAAGCAAGCCUGCACAUAGUAAGACCUUCAUGUUUUUUGAGGUAUUUUUGAGCUAUAAAACACCUGUAAUUGAGUACAUGCAGUUCAGAUAAGUUUAAUGCCAUACUGUGAGACAUUCCAUGCAAAGAAAUAACAUCUCCAUGGAGACAAACAAGUAUUUGACCCUCCGUUUUAGAAAUUACAUACUGCACUUUCAAUAAAAUUAUAGGUCUUGUGGUCAUUAAUCACCACAUAGACUAACUCUGAGCAAAUAUUCAAACUUUUAAUUAUUUUAAUUUAUUAUUUUGGGAAAGUCUUUGUGAAAAAUGAAUGAGAAAUUUACUUCCAAAAGUGGUCACUGUUGAGCUUUGUAUGUCUUCAUAAGUACUAGGGAUGUAACAAUAACCAAAAUAUUGUGAUAUCGUAUCGUCAGAAGUCUCUCAACAAGAAAUUACAAGUCUUUUUGCUUAAAUUAAUAGUUAUGGUGCAGCAAUAGCUAAAAAAACCCAGAGAGAACUACAUAGACCAUGAUCCUUUGCUCUCGCUUUGUGCAGAAUACAUGAAGAAAUAAAUGUUCCAAGCACUUUUAAAGCUUAAUUCUUUGGGUUAAGUCUUGUCAAAGGCAUUUUAAGAGGAAAAAGUAGCAUAAUCACAGUUUUAUUAUUGCAAUAAAUAUCGUUCUGUGAGAUUUGGAUAUCGUUACAUCCCUAGUCUGUUGUGUAUUUAAGUGUUUUAAAUGUUUUAGAUACCUUACUGUUCUUCCCAUUGCCUUAUAAUAAUAAUAUAUUCCAGCAAAGGCCGUUUUGAAUGUUGACAACCACUCAGGCUUUUUCUAUGUAAACAUUUCUACGUCCUUUAUCCUUUAAGUGUGACAACGUUUUCAAUAAUAAAACUUGACUCUUUUGGA